CAACUCCGUCAGAUUUUUUCAUAAGCCUCAUUAAAUCAGGAAAUUGCAUGGUCAGCUAUAUCCCUGAGGACCCCUUUACAUCUCCCUGCCUGUGGUGAAUGCAACACUACCACACAUGCUCUGGCACAGAAACAAAGAAGAUGCUAUCAGGAAGCAAAAUUAGGAAUCCCAAAAUCAAGAGAGCCCUUCUAUUCCACAACAUCCUCAGAAGAGAGCUGAAGAAAAACAAACAAACUCCUGGGCCACAGCGUCAGGAACCAGCACUAAGUGUGUCAUCAGGCAAGAUUCUCAAAAAGUAUCGUCUCCUUCACCAAAUCCACCAGUUUGGGAUAACCUACAAGUUAAUGAGAGGAAAGAAACAGACAAAGAAAAAGGCAACAUUCCUAAAGGGUAUAACAGAGACUGUUAAGGAUUUCUUCCUGAACUCUGCACACGUGACCACUGAUAAGACUGACACCAUCACUAGGAAUAAGAUGAAGCAGCAGAGAAUGAUCCUGGCCGACUCCAUGAUCAACCUCCACACUGAUUUCCUCAUUAGGAAGCCCACUGUGAAGCUGAGCUAUUCUUCUUUCUGUACUCUGAAGCCAUUCUAUAUUACAGCACCAAAAGCAUCUGAUCGGAAGACAUGUCUGUGUCAAAAGCAUGAAAAUGCAUACUUAAUGCUCGAGGUCCUUAGAGCGUCUGGUGUUGUGAAGUCAAACAAACUGGAUGACAGUUUUCAAUUAGUUUGUUGCUCUCCAGCAAGUGAGGCCUGCCUUCUUCGCACCUACUCACGAUGUAUAAACAAAGGUACAGUUACAACCCAAGAGCAAGACAAAAUCCAUGUUCAGUGGAAGCAGUGGGAGAGAGUUCAAGAAGACACAGUCAAUGGAAUCCACAUCAACACUAAACUCGUCCAACACAGUGGCAGUCUUUCAGAGCUCAUCAAACUCUAUGAGCAAAUACUCAGAAAUGAAACCACAACACAUGUGUGUUUAGUGCAAAACCAGUCAAAAGCAUACAGAAACACAAUUGAGACUUGUGAAGAAAGUACAGCAAUUGUUCACGUUGACUUUUCAGAAUCCUGGAGAUGCAAGUAUCAAUCUGAAGUACAGGCCUGCCAUUUUGGACAAAAUCUGCCACAGAUAACGCUACAUACCGGAAUGUAUUACAUUAAGGGUGGAAAGGCAGGGUUUUGCACACUUUCAGAGUCAAAGAGACAGGAUGCUGCAGCAAUCUGGACACACAUGGAUCCAGUCCUAAAAGAUAUCAAAACGAGAUAUCCACAGGUUACCACCGUGCACUUUUGGUCUGAUGGUCCAAGUAAACAAUAUAAGAACAAGAAGAAUUUUUUCCUUCUGUCUUGUAUCCCCCCUACACUGGGGUUUGAAAGAGCAACAUGGAACUUCUUCCCCACUUCCCAUGGUAAGGGCGCACCAGACGGCAUCGGCGGAACAGUGAAAAGAACAGCUGACAACCUGGUCCUGAGAGGAAAUGAUGUGGCAGAUGGACACACAUUCUUUGAAAAGGUCUCAAACAGUCUGAAGACCAGGUCAUCCCACAUGAGAACAAGAUCCACCACAGACAACUAUCCUGCUUUUGCAGCAAGAUGUUGGUUUGUCAGUGCUUCUGCCCAGCUACCUUCAAUUUCCAUGGCUACCCAGAGGAACAGCAGAGUGAUACAAGGAGGGCAGGGAAGAAAAGACCUUUGGCCAUGUUGUGGGAGAAGAUGGAAAAAGAGAUGGGAGGGGACAUGGAAGAGGAUAUGGAAAUGGAAGAUGUGAUGGAGGAGGAGUUGGAUGAGGAGCCUCUGAAAGGUCCUGAGGGUAUUGUGACAGUAACGACUGUUAGCAGCCUUAAUAAUGGAGACUGGCUAGCACUAGUAUAUGAUGACCACUGGUGGCUAGCCAAGACCAUUGCUGUGGAUACUGAGCAUCAAGAUGUGAAAGUGGAGUUUCUGCAUCUCCAUGGUCCAACAGCAAAGUAUCAGCCUAAGCUUCUCACGAAGGAUGUCUGUUUCUGCCCAGUUGAAGACAUCAUAGUGAAACUAAUGGGAAAUGCAUCACCAGUCCAAUUAAGAACACGAGAGAUCUACAGCAUAGCCCCUGAUGUG